GGAAGAGGUAGAUGGUAUCUGGCUACAGGGUGAAAUGACUUCUCUGGGGUGAAAUUCCUUCAACGUAAAUUUUUGUUGAAGAAUGCCACAGGGGAGUGUUUAAUCACUUUAAUUUUGAGCUGCCAACAAGAAAAACAAACAAACAAAAACAAAAGAAAAAAACACAUUAAACAGCUCUAUGUGCCCUUAAAGGAUAGACCAUCUUGUGGUUGAAAGAAAUCUGCUGCACAUGCUUUGUCUUGCCCUGCUGAAUUGUGGAUUGAAAAAAAUCUUCUUAUUGUGUAGUCUCAUCCAACCGCCACCCCAUAGUGCGCCUUUGUUUCUCACUGAGAUGUACAACACCACUGUUCAGAUGGAGGCUUUGACCCAGAUAUGGACUGACAGUGCCAGCAACAAAAAUUCCUCUCUGCAACUACACAACUGCCCAAAGAAUGACAACUUCAAAUAUCCACUCUACAGCAUAGUGUUUAGCAUUGUCUUCAUGGUGGGACUCAUCACCAAUGUUGCAGCCAUGUACAUUUUUAUUUGUUCACUGAAACUGCGGAAUGAGACCACCACAUAUAUGAUUAAUCUUGUGGUUUCUGACUUAUUAUUUGUACUCACACUCCCUUUGAGGGUUUUUUACUUCAUCCAGCAGAAUUGGCCAUUUGGCAGCCUGCUCUGUCAGCUCUCUGUCUCACUCUUUUACACCAAUAUGUAUGGGAGCAUCCUGUUCCUAACAUGCAUCAGUGUGGACCGCUUCCUUGCCAUCGUACACCCCUUUCGUUCAAGGGGUCUCCGGACCAAACGUAAUGCCAAAAAAGUAUGUGCUGCUGUUUGGGUUCUUGUGCUUUCUGGAAGUCUUCCAACAGGCUUCAUGCUGAACAGUACUAACAAGCAAAAAAACAACACAAUAGCCUGCUUUGAAAACUUCUCCUCAAAUCAGUGGAAGAGCCAUCUGUCAAAGGUGGUGAUCUUCAUAGAAACAGUGGGGUUCCUUAUCCCUUUGAUACUAAAUGUGGUUUGCUCUGCUAUGGUGCUCCAAACUUUGAGGAGGCCGCAGACUGCUAGUCGGGGUGGGAAGCUGAACAAGAAAAAGAUCUUGAGGAUGAUUAUCGUCCACCUCUUCAUCUUCUGCUUUUGUUUCAUCCCCUACAAUGUCAACCUUGUCUUCUACUCACUGGUGCGGACAAAAACUUUGGAGGGCUGCGCAGUAGAAUCAGUAGUUCGGACGAUAUUUCCGAUCGCUCUGUGUAUUGCUGUGUCCAACUGCUGUUUUGACCCCAUCGUCUACUAUUUCACCUCAGAGACAAUUCAAAACUCCAUUAAGAGGAAGUCUCAGAUAAACCGUUCCUUUGAUGUCAAGUUCUCUGAGGCUUUGCAGUCAGAAACAAGCUCCUCUCUUCAGUUCAGCCUGAGGUCCAUAAAGAACAAGAUGUUCCACAAUGAAUCUAAUGUAUAAAGACAAGUAUUUGGUUUAAGAUCUCUCAGGGCAGUAAGUAAACUAUGCCCUUUUAGAGGCAUUUACCUCUCUCUUAAAAUCAUCCUUCAGCCCUGUACUAGGGGCACACCUGUUCACAAUGGAAUUAUAUCCAAACAUUUGGAAUACUUAACUGUGGAGUAAGAAUAAUACAUACAUGCUGUAAAUCAACUGGAACUUGAUUAAACUAGACCAGAAUCAGAACUAUAUGUGAAUUUACUUACAUUUCCAGAAUGGUAAGUGAAUGUGAAAAUAACAUAUAAUCAUUAUUUAAAUAAACCUACAAACAAAAUAGAAUGAUACAAUUGUAUGCAAUGCCACACGUAAACAUAUUGACUGCCUAAAAUGUCAUAGUAUUAACAAGCUUAACAUUUUUGUUGGAACUUUAUAUAAUACUGUAUAUUAACUUGCACUGACAUUGAUGCUGUCGUAAUGCACAUAUUUCUGUUACAAACUUCAUUUGAUAAUAAAGUUUUCAAUUGUAA